CAGUUUAGUAAACGGUUCACUUUGAAAUACGCACACACGGGAACGUUUGUUGUGGUAACUGCUAGAUACUUAUGGAGGAAACAGCCUAACAGAAAGGAAACACACAGUUUCACACGGAAGCGGGGAUUCGUUAUGUCAGUCACGGACACCUAUCUCAGAUAUACAUGUGUCAUUCAUAGUUAUGGCGAGUGUCAACCCAUUAUGUGUCCUUCUCGGAGUCCUGACAACAGUAGCUUCUAGCAAAGAGUCUCCAAAGUUAGUGAUUCUGUUGUCUGAUUUGGGGCGAGAUCUUCAACCGGCGUCCAUACAUACGAUACAUUUACACCACUUGAACUUGUCGACAAUAACAAGUCCACAUCUCAUCAGUCCCAUGGCCAUUGAUUUCGAUAAAGUUGGUGAACACAUCUAUUGGACGGAUAUUACCAUGAAACAAGUGAGGCGCGCUGAUACAGAUGGCGGACAAACUCAGGUCAUAUCACAACGACAUACCACAUCUUCACCUGUAGGGUUAACUGUUGACAGCAUUGCCAGACAGUUGUUCUACACAGAUGAUGGUGAAGAUAUCAUAGUCAGUGUUCAUCUGAACACGUUAGUGUCUACAACAAUUAUUGACAGUGGUCUAGACAAACCACGAGGCAUUGCUGCUGAUACCAGAGACCGGAGAUUGUACUGGGUGGACAGAGGCAGUACUUCCAAGAUAGAGACCUCCGACUAUAUGGGAGAUCAGAGGAAAACUCUCGUCUCGUCAGACCUUCACUUUCCUUAUGAUAUUACGUUGGAUGAAAACACUGGCCGACUGUACUGGGCUGACACUGCUGGUUACAUCGGAUCUGUUCUCGUGGAUGGCUCGGACAUGAAGAAAGUACUAACACAGAGCGGAACUAAAUUCUUCUUCAUAUCCUACUUCAAUGGGCUCCUCUACUACACAGUGUUUCAAAAUGACACAAUUAACAUCAUAAGCACAGAUGGAAUUUACUGGGCGCCGUUGAAAGCAAGUACUAUUCAGUCAUGUGCUGGGAUUCACGUAUAUUCACCGAACUACAAUAAUUCAGCUCCUUGUACGGAUGGCCAUUACGGACAUAAAUGUGAACCCUGUGGACACUGUGCCUACAUAUGUGAAAAGACAACCGGCCUGUGUUAUGGAGGCUGCUCGCCUGGCUACAAGGGAGACAACUGCACGCAAGUUUGUCCCCCGGGAAGCUACGGUGAUGAUUGUGCCGCUGCGUGCUCUAACUGCAACAACGGAAGUGUGUGUAACCCGGUGACUGGUCAAUGCCCGGAUGGAUGUCUGCGCGGAUGGAGGGGAGCUAACUGCGACAUAGCUUGUGAGCCGGACACAUACGGAGCAUCGUGUGUGCCAUGUGGCUACUGUGCUGGAGGUGUGUCAUGUGACGAGGCGUCAGGCGUCUGUCCAGAUGGAUGCCAGUUAGGAUGGACUGGAGACAAAUGUGACACAGAGUGCCCGUCCAAUACCUAUGGAGCGGCAUGUGCGGCUUGUGGUGUCUGUGCUGGAGGCGUCUCCUGCGACAACGUUUCGGGUCUUUGUGAUGCUGGAUGUGAUACUGGCUGGACUGGAGAAAAAUGUGACACAGAAAUCGAUGGAACAACUGCUGAAAACCAGACGUUCAAUCACAAUGCUGAUGGAAUUCCACGUACAGGUACGUUAAUCGGGAUCGCUACAGCUGGAAUACUUUUCAUCGUCGUUGUUGCAGCUGUUGCUCUUUGUGUUCUCACUAAGCGGAGAAAGAGACGGGGAACGGCGAAUGUCGACACUGAUGCCUUGUACAGGGAUCGUAAACAGCCAGUAACGAUGGGAGAUAAUAAUAGAAUGUCCAACAAGGGUGUGUCCAGUGUACACAUCCUGUCGCAGGACGUGAUAUAGCAGGGGUGUAUGAAGUGUGUGAGGAUGUCAUAAGUCACCCCAGAACAAUGUCAUCCAUACAGUGACAAUAUAUGUAAAUGUAAAGAUAUUUAUUAUCAAGAGUGGUCAGCUACCGUGACUGCUUCCAAAUAUUUACGCACAUAUUCAACCUAUCAACUUGACAUAAUGCCGGAA